AGAGUUGUAUUUGUUAAAGAGGUCAAUGCAUCAAAGCAGUUGCAUUCUCAAAGAGACUGAUACAAUUUCCAUCACAUUUUUAAUUGCCUUUAUAGAAUAGAAUCAAACUUGUUACACCAAGGAAUGAUGGUAAGUUCAAGUGAUACAUUUCGGGAAAUGAGCUAGCCUCAAAAGGAUAUAGAUGAUCUCGGCUCGAACCUGUUGAUUAUCCUCUAAGAAAUUUAAGAUGGUAUUAGAACUUAACUUAGAAUCAUUCUUGCACGCUUUACGCUCCACAUGUCCAACCCUGAGUGUCGGUGUGUUCAGAAGUUUUAGAAGUCGGGUCAAUUAAGUUUUAAUAUACGGUAGAGCGAACCCAUUUCUAAAAUAGAUUUUAGGAGUUAGUCCUAAACUCAUGUCAUAUUAUUAUUAGACAUAUUUCUACCAAAAACUUUCCAAUAUUGCUCUCAACCCCCAUUUGUGGCACAGGUUUCUGUAGUCAGAGAACGCCAAUACCGAUAAAGACACGAUUUUUACUGAAGAAUCAAGUUGUCUCCUUUGGAAUGCUUCAUGGGUUUUGCACAAGCAUCUCCCUACGCUCACACCAUCACAUUUCCCCCACUCAGACCCACUUCUAAUAGGAGAUUUUGUGUUUCUGCUGUGAAGCUCAACGGAGACAAUGACCCGUUACUCCUUGCUGCCACUUCUUCUGCUUCUCUUCGUUUCCAUGAAACUCUUCGACCAGACCCUCUGUUUGUAGACCCAUAUGCUGGUUGUCUAGUCUCUCCUAAUAUUUCCAAGGAAGUGAUACAAGAUUUGCACCCUUAUUGCCUUGCAACCAAGUUCAUUGAUGAUAAGUUGCUUGGUACAGUGAGCAGUUUUGAUGGGCUUAAACAGUUAAUUUUGUUGAAUAAUGGCAUGGAUACACGGCCGUACAGACUUAACUGGCCGACUUCAACCAUAUUAUUUGACAUAUCCCCAGAAAGUGUGUUUAAAACUGCAGCUGAGAAGCUUAAAGGUGUUGGAGCUAAGAUUCCCAAAAGUUGCAUAUUCUAUCAUAUUCCAUUGGAAUCACCUGAUAUAAAGCACAGUUUACACUCUAAGGGCUAUAAUGGAAAUAGGCCAAGUAUAUGGGCCAUCCAGGGGUUUCCUGUGAUGACACUGGCAAAUUGUGAAGAGGUUUUAUCAAUGGUAAGCACUUUGGCAAUGAAGGGGUCUUUUUUUGUGGGAGAGUUGCCUGCCUGGUUAGCUGAGAGUGACAUAGAGACCAAGGCCAUUACACAGCAAUGGCUGGAUAAACUGUUCAUGAGUAAAGGCUUUCGGGUUGAAAUGAUAAAAUAUGAAGGAGUUGCAGAGAGUUUUGGUAGAGAUUUUACUGCAAGAAACUACAAUAGCAUACUGUUUGUUGCAGAACAACUAAGACAUUCUGAUGAACAGAUGGAAACAUGGAGAAGAGAAUUUCAAAGGUUACAAGAUGAAGGAGAUGAAGAAGGUUUUGAAGAGUUAUAGAAGAGCAUACAAACUUCGCCACGGCGUGGCUAGCCUUAAAAGGAAACUUUUCAAUCCCACGAAGAGUCUAAACUCAGCAUUUGAAUUCAUUAAUAGAUCCAAAACUUGGAUACACAAUGUUUUUCUUUCCUAAAAGUGUUAAUGUAAAUCAUUCAUGGAUAUUUGAACAAAUGUGUUCAACUAUGAAUGAGAUUGCAGUAUAAUCUAGCAGAACAGAUUAGUUAUUUAGUUUUGUUUGCCAUCCAUCAGCUUCAUCAUGGGUGAUUCACAGAUGGUUGUCAAAUUAGGAUUUAGCAGUUUACUGAUGAGUAUAUGCUAGGCCAGAAUAAUCUCCACUAUUGUCAAUUAUCUACCUUACUUGAUAGAUUUUUUUUUCUAGACUGCGAUGUGACUUAGCUAAACAGUGACACCUGUACCUUGUUAACUUGCCACAACUAUAAUUGACACAAACAUGUAACGGUUCCCUAUUUUCAAAAAU